AUGGCGCCAGAAAGGACCCUCUCCGAGACCUCCCCACUGCUGGGAAACGGCAACGGGACUGCGUCUACCGGAGCAAUUGACUUACCCCAUGAGGAGUCAGCAGAGCACAGAAAUGAUGUCGACGAGCAGAGCAAGGAGCCAUUUAAAGAUGCACAGAAGCAGCUCAAAUAUAUCAUCCCGGCAAUUUCAUUAGGUAUUUUCCUAUCGGCGGCAGAUCAAACUAUUAUAAUGGCCAGUUAUGGCCAAAUUGGUAGUGAUUUAAAAGCCUUGAAUUUGACCAGUUGGAUUGCUACUUCAUAUUUCUUGACUCUGACUUCAUUCCAACCACUCUACGGAAAGCUGAGCGACAUCUUUGGCCGAAAAGGAUGUCUACUCUUCGCUUAUGCUAUCUUCGGAACUGGUUGUCUGUUCUGUGGACUGGCGCAAAACAUCUAUCAGCUUAUCGCAGCACGAGUCUUCCAAGGCAUUGGAGGCGGCGGUAUGACUACUGUCGUCAGUAUUCUCAUGAGUGAUAUUGUCCCGUUACGUGAUAGAGGUCUUUGGCAAGGAAUCAUCAACAUAAUCUGGGCUACUGGAUCGGGCAUGGGUGCACCCCUGGGUGGUAUAUUGGCUGAUUACAUCGGCUGGCGCUGGGCUUUCCUAGCACAGUUCCCUCUGUGUAUCGUCGCCUUUAUCGCUGUCUCGUUAAUGCUUAAGCUUCCUGCCCGUGAGAAUGUUCAUUGGAAGGAUAAACUUCGACGGAUUGACUUCCUUGGAGCGAUUGUCCUUGUUGGUGCUGUUCUAGGUUUUCUGGUUGGCUUAGACCGUGGCAGUAAUGUGUCAUGGACUAUGCCCUUGACUGUCAUCUCCUGGGGAUCUCGGUGGUCUUCUUUAUUCUCUUCGUCUUGGUCGAAGUCUACAUCGCGGCUGAGCCUUUCGCACCGGGUCAUAUCAUCUUCAAUCGCACAUUUUUCGCCUGCUAUUGUUGCAACUUCUUCAGCUUCGGAGGCUGUUGAUGGUGUUUCAGCCACCAUUGCUGGAGUGCGCCUCUUACCGAGUAUUCUUACUGGUGUAUCCGGAUCACUCUUUGCUGGUGCUAUCAUGAGGUGGUCCGGAAAGUAUUAUUGGUUGACUAUAGCGUCGUACACAUCAUUGACAGCUGGCUGUUUUCUGAUCUACCUGUCAUCAGGUGGCGCUACUACUAGCCUUAUCGCUAUGAUAAUUGGAAUGUGCAUGUCUUCUUUUGGAAAUGGUAUCGGCGUCACUACCACUUUGAUUGGCUUAAUAUCAAAUGCCACCGUCGAAGAUCAGGCAGUUGUUACUGCUUGUUCGUACCUGUUCCGAUCUCUAGGAUCGGUGAUUGGACUUUCCCUAUCGUCCACCGUUGUCCAACAAUUGUUGCGUGAGCAGCUUCGGAUUGAUCUGCAUGAUAGUAAAAACAUUGAUGAGAUCGUUGCUGGCGUGAGAGAAAGCCUUGAUUAUAUCAAGCGUUUAGAUCCAGAUAUUGCCAAUAUUGUCCGUCACUGCUACGGCUGGUCCACGAACAAGGGAUUUGCCUUUUUGACAGGAGUGGUGUUUUUUGCUCUCUUCAGCGCUUUCUUCAUUAAGGAGGCAAAGCUGAAUCGAUAG